AUGGACGCACGUGCCAGCAUGCGUGCAAUACUGGAGAGCGCGCGGCAGUCGAUUCGCAAUCGUGCCGCCAAUCCUACCGGCAAGACCGUCCUGAAGAAGGGGCGGACUCUUGAGGAUUCGGCGUCGUCCAGCCGCCACACGCAACCCAAGGUGCAACCGACGCCUUCCUCCCCCUCCUUGGGCGUUACAGAGGCGCUUCACUUCCAGAAGGACACGGCAAGUGACGCAGAUGCGGCCACGGCGGAGGCGAGUGCGCUGCAUGCAAAGGAAAACCAAAUGCGCUUUGUGCGGCACUACCAUCGCCUGCUGCUCGCCUUCAUCGAGGACAAGUCCAAGUACGAGCUGGAGCUGCCGAGCCUCUCCUCACUGGACCGCAUGGUCGUCCACGCCUUGGCGGAGAAGUGCAAUCUGUCACACGAGUCCACUGGCGACCGCGCCGAUCGCGUGCUGCACCUCAAGAAGGAUAUUUUGUUCUUCCAGAACCCCGAGGCGGCGAAGCAGGUGAAUCUCGACGACAUCAUUGAGCGGGUUUCGUGGAAGGAGAGCAAGUUCCAGAUUCGCUACGUGCGGUCGGCGAACCCGGCACAGGUCGCAAUCGGCGACAUCGGAAGCUACGCUGACGAGGACGCCCUCGAGAAAAUUGAGCGGUUUCGCCGUGCCACCGACGAGUAUCGGCACGCCACGGACAUGGGCUACACCCAACAGGAGCUGCUGCUGGCGGAAGCCGGUGCCAAUGGUGAAGGCGCUGACGCCGCGGACGGGCAGAGCCAUGCGGUGUCUGGGAGACUGGAGGAGAUCUUGAGCCGACCAGACACGUCCUCUACGCCGGCCAUUACGACGGGGCCAACGUCUGCGGUGGCCUCAUCUACGUCUCCGCCGCCGUCGUCAUCGACGUCCACGAUUGCGGCUGCAAUGGCGCGGUCCAAGGCAACGGCGGCGGCUAAUGCUGCCAAAGAGGCCGCUGCCACAUCGACGAUAUUCUACGAUGAGGUGUGCCGAACCUGCGGCUCACGAGCGCGGCUGGGUGGAUCGCCGCAAGGAUGGAAGUGCAGCCACUACUGCGCGCAUUGCACCCGUCAAUCCAUUUGGUGCCUGGAGGAAGUGAGGAUCAAGGAGGAACCGGCGAAGCACCACAAGCGAAGGCGCGACGGGGCGUCGUCGGCCGAGGAUGGAGGCGAGAGUGGCCGCCGGCAGCGUGGCGAGCCGGCCGUGGAGGAGAUCGAUCGCGAGGAGGGUGAGGACGACGGCGCUGUCGGGCACUCCCGCUCGAAAAGUCGCGGCAGCAGCGGUGAAGAGGACGCGGACGAGGCCCUCACCUCGGAGGACGUGGUGGAGAUGGCGGCGACGAAUGACUUUAGUGCCAAGGACACGAACUGGUUGCGCGAGUUUGCCUCACGUGAGACGGCACAUGUGGCUGACCAGAUCGCCUUCUGCAUCGACUUUGGUGACCUUACCGAGACACGUGUGUUCCGGCGCUACGGCGGCGCAGCGGCACCGUCGGAGGCGGCGUGCUGGUAUGUUGUUCUUCGUGAAGUGCGAGAGCUGUCCUUGACGGUUGCGGACCUCGUGCGGGAGCUGUUGAACGAGGCCUUCGUCGACCCGUCGUCGGCUGCUGCACAAGAUGGCGACGAGAAAACCACAUCGGCUCCUACAGUGGAGGUUAUUCACACGGAGGAAGCGGAGGAGCGCGCGAUGGACCACCUCGGCAUCGCCUUUCCGAACCUCUCCGUGUACGGCACCGACUGCGUGGCGGUGUGCCAGCUACGCCCUGCCGUACGAUGGGCCUCCGUGCCCCGGCUGCCCAUCCGUGAGGAGGCCCUUCAGCACCUGCGGCAGCGCUACGGCGCACGGCACGUGUUCCCGACGCAGUCGCUCGAGGAGGCGGUGCGACGUGCUGCCGAGUCUGGUUCGCCCUCUUCCUGA